GUCUAAUAUUCCCAACAUCCUUAUCUCUGCCUCUUGCCGUUCCUCGUCUUCGUCCAAUGGCGCCGUCGUCGGAGCAGAAGCAGAGCAUUUUGGUGACGGGCGGCGGGGGGUUCAUCGGGACGCACACGGUGCUGCAGCUUCUCAGGGAGGGAUUCCGCGUCACCAUCAUCGACAACUCCGUCCCGGAGGCCGUCGACCGUGUCCGCGAUCUCGCCGGCCCCGCCCUCUCUCGCAAUCUCCAUUUCUUUCUCGGCGAUCUUCGGAACAAGGAGGACUUGGAGAAGGUCUUCUCCGAAACCAGAUAUGAUGCUGUCAUCCAUGUUGCUGGACUGAAGGCUGUUGGUGUGAGUGUGGCGAAGCCUUUGCUUUAUUACAAUAACAAUUUGAUUGGCACAAUAAACUUGUAUGAGUUUAUGGGAAAAUAUGGUUGCAAAAAGAUGGUCUUUUCAUCAUCUGCUACAGUUUAUGGUCAGCCUGAAAAGAUUCCAUGUGUUGAAGAUUAUGAGCUAGGAGCAAUGAAUCCAUAUGGUAGGACUAAGCUUUUUCUCGAAGAGAUUGCUCGUGAUAUUCAAAAGGCUGAUCCAGAAUGGAGAAUAAUACAUUUAAGAUACUCCAACCCUGUUGGAGCUAAUGAGAGUGGUCAUAUUGGUGAAGAUCCCAAAGGUAUUCCAAAUAAUUUGAUGCCUUACAUCCAGCAAGUUGCUGUUGGCAGGCUGCCUGAGUUAAACGUAUAUGGAUAUGCUUAUCCAACAAAGGAUGGUACUGCGAUUCGAGAUUACAUUCAUGUCAUGGACUUAGCUGAUGGUCAUAUAGCAGCUCUUCGAAAGCUUUUUGCUACAGGAGAUAUUGGUUGUGUUGCUUACAACUUGGGUACUGGACAUGGAACGUCUGUCCUCGAAAUGGUUGCAGCAUUUGAGAAGGCAUCUGGCAAGAAAAUACCCAUCAAGUUAUGCCCAAGAAGACUAGGUGACGCUACUGUAGUCUAUGCGUCUGCAGAAAAAGCUCAAAAGGAACUAGGUUGGAGAGCAAAAUAUGGGAUAGAAGAGAUGUGCAGAGACCAAUGGAACUGGGCAAGUAAGAAUCCAUGUGGUUACCGGCUGCAACCUUGAAUUCUCAAAGAUGCCAAUAUCGUGGAAAAAUUCGAAUAGAUAUUAGACUAUGCAAUUCCAAAUAAUCUUUCUUUUCUGCCAUAACGAGCCAUUUGGCAGCUUCAGACAUGUCUUUAUAACAUCAUGAACCUAAGUAAAACAUUAUCAUUUUUAUUGUGCA